AUGAGUUACAAUCAAUCAGCACUGGGGAGGCCAUCUUCAGGUAAAAGAAGAUUGAAAGAUCUCUUGGUUCAACGCGACAAUCGUGCGUGUGCAGAUUGUAAUGCUCCAGACCCAAAAUGGGCGUCAGCAAAUAUAGGAGUAUUUAUUUGCUUGAAGUGCUGCGGAGUGCACAGAAGCCUUGGUACUCAUAUUUCGAAGGUUUUGUCUGUGACAUUAGAUGAAUGGUCAGAUGAUGAAAUCGAAUCAGUGAUUGAGGUCGGUGGAAAUGCGUCUGCAAAUUCAAUUUACGAGGCCUAUAUUCCUGAAGGAGUCUCAAAGCCUGGACCAGGUGCUAGCCACGAACAGCGUUCAAAAUUUAUCAGGUCUAAGUAUGAGCUUCAAGAGUUUUUGAAACCUAGCCUACGUAUUACGUCAACUUCUAAAAAGAAUUCUUUGCAAGUAAGUUUAUCCAGGAAGAUUUUGGAUAGUUUCCGAAGCUCGAGUUCAUCAAAGAAAUCAGAAGGCAUGGUGGAAAUUAUUGGAAUGCUGAAGGUCAAAGUACUUAAAGGCACAAACUUAGCUAUUCGAGAUAUACUAUCUAGCGAUCCAUAUGUCGUUUUGAACCUGGGGCAGCAGAAAGCACAAACAACUGUGGUUAAGAGCAAUCUGAAUCCCGUCUGGAACGAGGAACUCAUGCUUUCAGUUCCACAAAAUUGUGGCCCGAUAAAAUUGCAAGUUUUUGAUCACGACACGUUCUCUGCUGACGAUAUAAUGGGGGAAGCCGAAAUAGAUAUUCAGCCAAUAAUAACCUCUGCAAUGGCUUUCGGAGAUGCUGGAAUGUUCGGAAACAUGCAGAUUGGAAAAUGGCUGAAGUCGCACGACAAUGCCCUGAUGGAAGACAGCACAGUAAACAUUGUGGACGGGAAGGUGAAACAGGAAUUAUCAUUGAAGCUCCAGAAUGUAGAAUCUGGAGAAUUAGAAAUGGAGCUAGAGUGGAUGGCUCUUGAACAAUAUAUGUAA